GAGAAGAUUUAACGGUUCCAAUCGAUUACCAUCACGAAGACGAUAUUGAGAAAUAAAGAUUUAAUGGACCUAACGGAGGCAUUUGCCCCGGGCGGGGGCGGCGAGGAUUUGCCGAAAACGGAUUUUUUUGAUUUCGUCGUUUCGCCUACUGCCAAUUGUACUUCCACGGACGGUGUGGUCUCCGACGAGGAAAGUUUUCUCCAUCGUACCACCUGCCGGAGUAUCGGUUAUCUUCAACAGAGUCACGAGGAGCACGAGUCGAGCCGAGAUCAUCUUCACGGGUCCCCGUUCAUAAAGGAGACCAAUAACAACACGUUGACGGCAUUGCCGCCGGUAUCAACUAUAACUGGUUCGCUCAGUCAUCAUCACCAUCAUCACCAUCAUCAUCAUCAUCAGCAUCACGUGAGAGCACAUCACGGUAAUACAUGUAACGUACAGCCAAGCGGUGAACAAGUAGCAAUGGAUCAAUCCGAUUGUGAUUAUUGGACCACGGACGAGAGUAAAGAACAAACGUGCAAUAUAUUACUCGAGGAUUUAAGCAAAUAUUGUUGGUCGGCACAUGCAAAUGCGCAAACGCAUGGGAACGAUUCGGUUAACGUUCAUCCUGGCGGACCUAACGAUCAUCAUCAAACGGUCGGUCGAGGAUGCAACGCGAAUGAUCGACAAAAUACGGACGGAGCUAUAUAUACGUUGACGGUAUUAAACAACGAAGCUAACUCGAUGGAUGCCUUAGAUUGCAAAAGUCCAGCUCCAACGUCGGGUGAUUCCUGGUCGUUGCGACCCAACCUCGAUUUAGAUGCUAUACUAAGCCUUGAGCCAUCAUCGGCCGAUCAGGAACACGAUCAAACGACGAAUAUGGCAGAAGUAUCGAGGACCGUCAACGAUAGGUUUCAUACUGAUCGUUUUACAGUACCGAGCUCUCAAUAUACCACGGACGACAGUGGCUUCGUCGAGAGCAAAGAAUUAUGCGGCAGAGCACCUUCUGCCAAUGCGAAUUGCACAGGUGGCGAUAAUAACAAUGAUUGGAAAUUGUCCGAUCAGAAUCUUCAAGAGGCAGCAGUGGUUGCAGCUGCCGCUGUCGCUGUUGGUGCCGGUGAUUCGGCAGAGAGUCUUCUCAGAAGCGCUCUUCAAGGUAAACUUUACACAGGACCGACUCAAGUGGUUUCCUCAUCCUCCCCGACGUCUCAAGGAGCAGCGACCCUGUCUAUACCGCAGCAACAACAGCAGCAGCAACAGCAGCAACAACAGCAGCAACAGCAACAGCAACAGCAACAAGACGAAUCUAUGCACGCGUGUACCGAUGAAGAUUUGCUACUUUCUCAGCUCGAUCAGACAACCUAUCGACCUGGCGAUUACGAGAAGCUCAAAAGUAUCGCAAACGAGGUCGUCGAAUCGUAUUGUAGCCUCGAGCCAGUUUGCAACGUCUCGGCGACGACGACCGUGAUGUAUACGUUGGAUCCUACCAGUGGUAGUCUCGGUACCAUCACCUUACCAGCCGAUCUCGGUCAAGUCAGUACCGUCACGGUGGUCACGGCCGCUCAGCAGGAUGUGCUCCAGCAACAAACGACUCCACGUCCAGACGUCGAACAACAGCAGCAACAGCAGCAACAACAGCAGCAGCAACAGCAGCCGCCAACGAGUCAACUUCAAAUGACUUCCUCUCGUGUUGGUGUCACUACCAAGACCCCGAAGAAAUACUGCAGACGAACAAAUAAAAAUAACAAUAAUGCUAACAGCUCGAGCAACGGGAAUGCCGCUGAUGGGACUGGCAAUUCAACUGGACAACAACAAGGUGCCUCCAGUGGCUCGCCAGGUAGCGUUCAACGAAAGGAACGUUCAUUACAUUACUGCAGUAUCUGUAGUAAAGGUUUCAAGGACAAAUACAGCGUGAACGUUCACAUUAGAACACAUACCGGAGAGAAACCAUUUGCCUGUUCGCUUUGUGGCAAGAGCUUCAGGCAAAAAGCGCAUCUAGCUAAGCAUUACCAAACCCACGUCACUCAGAAACCAAGUGUUCAAGCCCAACAACCACCCAACAACAGUGCUAACAACAGUGGAAGUAAUAAUCCAAGUCCAUCUGCGGAAACGGCCAGUGCAACCAAUGUUACUCCUACGACACCUAUCACCAGCAGGAGUCAACAACAUCCGGUUCAACUCGAUCCAAGCGGAAAUUCAUGUAAUCCGCCGAGUUAGUUCGAAUUCAUUCACCGAUCGACUUUGAAGAGACUUCGAUGCGUGGUUAAGGCAUUCCUCGAUCUAACACGCUUCGAUAAAUUCGUCAAAGAUCGAAAUGGACGUAGAUUAUUUUUGCGAAUUAAGGUCCAUUUACA